UUUUUUCUCGUUUCUGCGUCGUCAUUCGUAGUCAUUUACUGCGCAGUUUGAUCAAGUAAUGAAUAGCCAACUAGACCAAUUCCCAGCACAGGUGCCCUUCAGUUUUAGUUUCGCUCAUCAAAUUUGAUGAUAUUUGAGGGCAAGUAAAGUAACUUUGUGUUGGCGACUGUUUAUUAACACUCAUCCUUCGAAACUUUGCAGGCCAAACUAUCCGGAAAUCCUCUUAACGCAAUCAGCCAGGUCAACCCAUGGCAGUGCCAGAACCGUGGGCAACAUUUUUCCCCAGAUGAAUGGGACCGACUAGCCAGAUUAAACAGGGAAUGGCCACAGCUCAGCCAACUACAUGCAACAAUUCCAUUCCCGUCCCUUCCUCUGUUCGCCGACACAGCAUGUCCGUUUUGUUGACGUGUAACUCUCAAAACCUAUGGCGGUGAUACACGGUACAGUUGUUGCUUUUGUAGCAUGCCUGCCUUUUCUUCAGCAGCAGAAAGCAGCGACGCUGAGACUGAACCACGCUCCUUGAUCGUACCCAGCUGUGUCUUUCUCGAUUCGUCUGGGAGUGUAUCGACGUAAUCCUUUACCGUAUGUUUAAAGGUGAAGUAAAACCUUUGAAGCACGUAUUAGUAGAGAAGGAUCGCUUUAUGUUUAAUUUACGUGUCUUUUUAAUUGUCUUUUUCGGGAUGCUCAGUAUCCAGCUAUGAUACGCGUGUUUUUUUGUGAUAUGAUUAUUUUACCUUUUGAAUUACACCACAAUACGAAUGUAAACCCCUAAAUUUAUCUACUUCAUCUACAUGAUGCGUCCCUGUUUGCUUGUUCCUUUAGUUCGUUCUGGUUGGGCUUCUGGAUUGGUGUAGUAUAAAUAAAAAGAAAGGAAGUAAAGAAGAUUCGAUCUUCACACCUUACAGAAAUUGCCCGAGCAGAAUUCGACUACGAAUGGCAGGGAACGAACUGCGAGCACAAGGGGGCGGAGCUCUUCUUCCAAGGGGCCGAAUUGCAGUGGCAACCAUGGGAGAUGGAGCAGAAAGGGAGGGCAGACGGCGGUGCGACUUCUGCAGCCAAUCUUGUGGUACCCACAGAAAUAACAAUACCAGCAGGUUGGAUAGAAGCAUACCAUAACGACGAAGUGGACAUCUUUUACCGUGACAGCCGCAGGGGUGACACCUUUCCCGAGGUCAACUGGUCGGACCCACAAAAGCCGCAAACGCACCGACAACCGGACAAGCACCCGAGCCGCUUGUGUCCUCACUCAAGCUCUUCCGCGGCGAGUCUCGCCAUCCACGAGAGGACUCACAUUGGCGAGAGGCCCUUCAGUUGCGGUGUCUGCGAGAAAACGUUCGCGAAAAGGUAUGGCUUGAUGGCUCACGAUAGAACUCACACCGGAGAGAAGCCGUUCAAAUGCAACACGUGCAGCAAGGCGUUUACUCUGAAACGCACCUUGGCGAAUCACGAAAGAAUUCACACCGGAGAGAAGCCGUUCAAGUGCAACACGUGCAGCAAGGCGUUUACUCGGAAAACCAACUUGGCGAAUCAUGAGAGGACUCACACCGGAGAGAAGCCCUAUAGAUGUGAGACCUGCAAUAGAGCGUUUGCGGCCCAUAGCAAUUUAAACAGUCAUCGGAAGAUAUAUCACAGGUGAUCGAAACCACCACGUGCGUCAUAGCUGUGGAGGGGGUUUAAACGAAAUACUCGAGCUCCUGCGUGUGUUCAUAUCGUUUGGCGGUAGACCUGCAGGGGUCUUCUUGCGAGCAGUGUGGGUUUUACAUACUUCAAAAUUUGUCAGCCUGUUAUUUGUCGUGUAAUCAGAAAUAAAAAUGUGAAUUUACCUUGGAA